AUGAUAUGGGAUCUUCUGUCUCUCCAUCAGAUUACUAAGAGGACCAUAAGUACUGCUUUACACAGGCAGUUUGAAAAUAAGUUUCCAGCAAAACAAAAGCUGUUUCAGGAGGAUGAUGGAAUUCCAGUGCAUCUGAAGGGUAGGAUAGCUGAUGCCCUCCUGUAUAGAGCCACCGUGAUUCUUACAGUUGGUGGGACAGCAUAUGCCAUAUAUCAGCUGGCUGUGGCUUCAUUUCCCAAUAAGCAGGAUUGACUUCAGUUAUCUUCCCAGCAAUCAGUUGGUUCAAUUCCAUUCAGCUCUCUGUGGACCAGUAAAU